AAGUAAUACAGAGUAAUUAACUAAGAACACCCGUUGCCCAUCAAACGUAACCUACGUACCAGAACGAAUUGCUCAAGCAGAAACAGCCAUCUCCGAUCCUAUCAAAGGAUGGAGUACCUCUCGAGCAUCUUAUCUUUCUUCCUCUUCCUCUCCUUCCUAGGGUUGCUUGCAGCGGUCUGCGGAGAGUGGAAGAUGAAGAGAUCGUUGUCAUCGAGAGGUGCGAAACUGCCGCCAGGGCCGUGGAGGCUUCCCCUCAUCGGUAGCAUGCACCACCUCGUUGGCGCUUUCCCGCUCCGCCGCUUGAAGUAUCUCGCCGAGAUACACGGCCCCCUCAUGCACGUCCAGCUUGGACAAGUCUCUGCGGUCAUCGCCUCGUCUCCUGACAUGGCGAGGGCCGUCCUCAAGACCCACGACCUCUCCUUCGCCUCCCGGCCCAAACUCCUGCUCCCGGAGAUCGUCUGCUACCGGGGCUCUGAUAUCGUCUUCUCCCCGUAUGGGGAUUACUGGAGGCAGAUGCGGAAGAUCUGCACGGUCGAGCUCCUCAGCUCAAAGAACGUGCACACCUUCGGAUCCAUCAGGCUUGACCAAGCGUCUCGCCUGCUGGACGCAGUCGCCUCCCACGGCAGCCAACCGGUGAAUCUGUCCGAGCUCGUGUUCCAGUUCACGAGCUCAAUGACUUGCCGGUCGGCUUUCGGGUGCGUUUUCAAGGAGGGCGACGAGUUCAUCACCAUCAUAAAGGAGUUUCUUUCCUUGCUCGGAGGGUUCGACGUGGCGGAUGUAUUCCCCUCGCUCAGAUUUCUCCACGGGCUCAGCCCGUUGAGGCGAAAGUUCCUCGGGAUCCACCAAAGGAUCGACGCGAUCCUCAACGCCGUCGUGGAGAGCCACCAGAAGAGCUUAGCCGCCGGAAAUAAAGGAAACGGGGAGCUAGGCGGCGAGGACUUGAUCGACGUUCUACUGAGGAUGAAGCGCACCGACGCCAUCCCGAUCACCGACGACAACAUCAAGGCGGUGGUGCUCGACAUGUUCACCGCCGGAACGGAGACGUCGUCCAUGACGAUCAUAUGGGCGAUGGUUGAGAUGCUGAGGAGUCCGGCGGUACUAGCCAAGGCUCAAGCGGAAGUAAGAAGAGCCUUCGUUGACAAAAACGGGUUUGACCUAAAAGACGUGGAAGAGCUGAAAUACUUGAAACUCGUGGUCAAAGAAAGUCUUCGGCUCCACCCGCCCGGGCCCAUCACUAUCCCUCGAGAGUGCUUGGCGGAGACGGAAAUAAACGGGUACACCAUCCCGGUCAAAUCAUGGGUCAUGGUCAACCUCUCGGCGGUCAGCACCGACCCGGCUUACUGGGAGAACGCCGACAGCUUUCUGCCGGAGCGGUUCGAGAAUAGCGGCGUUGACUUUUUGGGGAAUAACUUUGAAUUCCUGCCGUUUUCGAGCGGGCGGAGGAUAUGCCCGGGGCUAUCCUUUGGAUUGGCCAAUGUGUAUCUCCCCUUGGCUAAAUUGCUAUUCCAUUUUGACUGGAAACUGCCGCGAGGACGUGAGUAUUCUCGGAGCUUGGACUUGGCGGAGCUGCCGGGACUUACCGCCGGGAAGAAAGACGAUCUUUACUUGGUGGCUACGCCGUACGAUCCACUCGUAAAAUGAUCGGCGUUACCGUACUAAUAGGCCAUUUCGUUAUGCUUAUAUUAUCCGAUUGUCAUGUACUAGGAAUAUUCUAUAUAUC